AUGCCUCGUUUCUACGCGCCACCACCAGUUCUCACCAUUGAAGGCGGUGCCACGACGACGACGACGACAAACUCAGUAGUCACUGAACCUCAACUCUACAACAAUGGCGGUUACGCACGACAAUCAUCCUCCUCCUCCUCCUCCUCCUCCUCAACAUCAAUCAUGAUCGUCGUGAUAGUAAUCGCCUCGGCAAUAAUCGUCUCCGCUUCAAUAUACCUCCUCCUCCGGUUUUUCUCCCGCCGGUUCCACCGCUCCUUCCGAACUUUCUCCACAGCCGACGACGUCGUUUCGAAUAUGCACCACUGCGUCAACGACCAGCACGUGUCGUCAAACGAGUUGUUGGACGCUCUUCCUCUCUUCACUUUUGGUUCCGUCACCGGAAACCUCACCGGAGUUGAUUGCGCCGUUUGUCUCUCCAAGUUUGAGCCACAAGACCAGCUCCGAUUACUCCCUCUGUGUUGCCACGCGUUCCAUGCUCAUUGCAUCGACACGUGGAUUUCGUCCAAUCAGACGUGUCCGCUUUGCAGGUCCACAGUUCAUCCUACGGAAUCAGACGUACUGAAUAAAGUUCUUGUGCAAUCAGAAGCAGAAAAUCGCGGUAGUGGUAAUAGCAGUAGUUUCCGGAUCGAGAUCGGAAGUGUCAGUCGUCGGCGAGGCACGCCAGAGUCUGUAGACGGAAGAAGAUCCUAUUCCAUUGGUUCUUUUGAGUACAUUGUCGAAGACGGACACGAGGUGGCCGUGGGUUCCACAAGACACCAUAGAGGAUUGUCCGAUUGUACUUCCGUUGACAAGGAAUCCAUCGGAGCUCCAGUGCCCGAGCCACCGGGAGAAGGCGUAGCAGGUGAAGUCUCCGGCGGACGGAGUUGGCUGAGAGAUUACGUCGAUAGAUUACCAUUCGUUUCUCUCUCUUCCCGUACGAUGUCUUUUGGGAGCUCCGGGAGGUUCUUCACCGGAAGCAGUCGCCGCAGCGAUACCGUUGUUCCCGUUGAGGACUUGGAGGCCAACAGAAUUGGAGAAGAGAUCAGCGAAUUGUUUCGAUGGCUAUCAGGGAAAAAGGCAGAUGAGGCAUUGAAAGUUAGUUUUGAUCCCAUAGCAUAA